CUUCUCCUUCUUCUCUCUCUCUCUCUCUCUCUCUCUCUCUCUCUCUCUCUCUCUCUCUCUCUCUCUCUCUCUCUCUCUCUUGUGCAGGGCAGCUACUAGCUAGUUACCAUGGAUGGGAAGAAGUUGGAAUACAAAGGAAAAGAAGCACUGAAGGAGCUUGAGAAGUCAACGCUCAAGGUAGAUGAAGUGCAGGAAGGAAUCUUGAAGGAUAUCUUGAAGAAAAAUGGAUCAACAGAAUACUUAAACCAGUUCAUGAAGGGAUCUAUCGAUAUCUCCACCUUUAAGCGUCUUGUCCCUGUCAUCACUUACUCCUCCAUCCGUCCCUAUAUCCACAGAAUCGCUAACGGCGAGGAUUCUUCUCUUAUAACUUCUCAUCCCAUCACCGAGAUGUUAUGCAGUUCAGGGACAUCCGCCGGAGAGCCAAAGCUGAUGCCGUCGAUCGCAGAGGAUCUGGACCGUCGAACCUACCUUUAUAACCUUAUCAUGCCCAUUAUGAACCAGUAUGUCCCCGGAUUGGACGACGGAAAGGCCAUGUAUCUCUAUUUUACUAAGGUAGAACGGUCGACUCCCUCUGGUUUACCGGUUCGGCCGGUUCUCACCAGCUACUACAAGAGUAAGCACUUUAAGUGCCGGCCACGCGACCCGUUCAACUAUUAUACCAGCCCGGACCAAACCAUCCUUUGCACCGAUAGUCGCCAGAGCAUGUACUGCCAGCUUCUUGCUGGUUUAAUCCACCGAAACCAAGUCCUCAGGCUGGGCGCGGUCUUUGCGUCUGCCUUUCUCCGGGCCAUCAACUUCCUAGAACGGAAUUGGGUUAAUUUUUGUAACGACAUCCGGUCGGGCCAUCUUGACCCAUCCAUCACCGACCUGGGAUGUCGAACAGCCAUGUCGGAUUUGUUGAAAUCCCCGGAUCCGGUUCUUGCCGACGAGAUCGAGUCCAUCUGUCGCAGUAAGUCUUGGAAAGGGAUACUGGGUCAGUUGUGGCCCAAGGCCAAGUACAUUGAGGCUGUGGUAACUGGGUCCAUGGCCCAAUAUAUCCCUACACUGGAAUUCUACGGUGCAGGAAGGUUACCUCUGGUGUGUACCAUGUACGCGUCCUCGGAGUGCUACUUAGGAGUCAACUUGAAACCUUUAUGUGAUCCUGCUGACGUGGCCUACACCAUUUUGCCCAACAUGGGCUAUUUCGAGUUCAUACCUCUUGGGAACAAUGGGUCUUUCUUAGUAGACGAAGAAGAUGAGGAGGUGGCGAAGGGUAAGCUGGUAGACCUGGCGCACGUUAGGGUUGGCUGCUAUUAUGAGAUCGUUGUUACUACUUUUGCUGGCCUGUAUAGGUAUCGUAUCGGAGAUGUGCUCCAGGUGACCGGAUUCUACAACAAAGCACCCCAGUUCCGGUUCGUUUGCCGGCGAAACGUGGUUCUAAGCAUCGACACAGAUAAAACAAGUGAAGGAGAUCUCCACAAGAGUAUAACAAUGGCUAAGAAGCUCUUAGAACCAUAUGAAGCUUUACUGGUAGAGUACACAAGCUGUACAGACACAUCCACAAUACCAGGCCACUACGUAUUAUUUUGGGAGAUCAUAAGCCACACGAACGAGUUGACUCAGCUUGAAACCCACGUACUGGAAGAUUGCUGCAUGGCCGUAGAGGAAUCGCUGGAUUAUGUAUACAGGAGAUGCCGUAAGUUGGAUAGAUCAGUGGGUCCCUUGGAGAUACGAGUGGUUGAACCGGGAACUUUCGAGUCAUUGAUGGACCUGUUUAUUAGCCAUGGAGGUUCUAUUAACCAAUAUAAGACGCCUAGGUGUAUCAAGUCUACCUCUGCACUUGACCUUCUGAACUCUAGGGUUUGUGGUUCCUUCUUUAGUCCCAGGGAUCCGAUAUGGGUCCCUUAAAUUAGUAUUGGAGAAAGGGGAUUGGGAUUCAGUUUGAUCAGUAUUUAAACCAAACAGGAGUACACAAGAUCCAUUACUAACCCUUUUCUCCUCUCUCCUUUUUUUUUUCUUUUUUUCUUUUUUCUUUUUCUAAUUUUGUAAGGUCUCAUGCCAUUCUACUUGUUAUGAUAUAUAAAAUUCCCAUUCUUAGUUAUUA